AUGCCAUCCCUACAGGAGUACUGGCAGAGCGGCUUCCGCGGGCUGCACAUCGAGGAAUGUAUCAGCAACGCGUUUGCCGACUUCGCCCCCUACGCCGGUGCUGAUCAGCAGCGCAUUGUCGUCUCCCGCCAGACGCCGGCUCCUGGCAGACCAGUAGCGCGGAGCAGCGACGCAGCAGCGGCUGCCGCCGUUGUCGGCACCCCUAUCAGCCCGGCAUGGCACGUCGCGUCCUCGUCGUCUGUUAUCGUUGAGGAGAACGGCGACUUCACGGUGCAGAUGCGCGACCCGCACGCUGGCUCACUGGCAUUCUCCACAACGGGCCACAUGCAGAUGGAAGCGGCCGUGCGUGUUGAUAUGCCGGUACGGUCAUCCACGUCGGGCCGGACUGGCACCUCCACGGGUGCAGAAAGGGCCGUGGCUGAGGUGGCUGCGCUGUCGGCCUUGCCCCCGACGAGAGAGUCGGUCUACGAAGCCAUCGGACAAAGACGCGCGGGUGACAGCACUGAAACGGCCACGAAUGCGGCCGCUACAACGGCGGCGGCGGUGGUCAUGCACCCCGUAGCGAAACCAGCGCCGUCGUACCUGCGUUUCACCGACUUCACCAGGCCCCUCACGAUGGCGGCAAGCGAGGCCACAGCCCACAGCACCAACACUGCCCGUACCCCAGCGCCAUGGGGGCAACUAGAGCUUGACAUGUCCCUCCCGAACUGGUCCGCCAACCGACAGAGCAUCGGGGCCCGCGCUGGGCCUGCGGCGUUGAGAGUGAGCCGUGCCCUGUCUGCCGCUACCGCUGCUGCCGCCAGGUCACCCACGAACUCCACCUCGCUCUCCGAGGACGAAGUGGCCGGCACUGCUGGCGGUGACGCGGGCCACCGGUAUCAGUACACACUCGACGCCGCCGUUUGCGUGCCGUUUGGCGGCAGCGGCGCGGAUGCAUCGAGAGCGGCGAGGCGGAUGCUUGACGGCAAGCCGGUCGUCGUGUUGCCAGCAGCGCCGUGGGCACUGACGUGCGGCAUGCAGCUCCCUCUCACGCUGGGCGACACCCUCGUCGGCAUCUCGUUGCAGAACGACCGUGCGUCGUCCGUGACGACGCCGCUCCCUGGCGUGGAGUGGGUCGUGACGGCUCCUGCUGCACCCCCGUCGGACGCCUCCACUUUGCCAGGCGAUCUGCUGGUUUCCGCCGCCGACGAGGCGCACUGCACCGCGUGUGUGCCCUCCCUUUUGUAUCCGAGCCACAGUAUCAGCAGCGGCGGCUCUGGCGACGCCGCCUCGCCUUCCAGCGCCGCAGCGACACCGGCGUACGUGGCCAUCCCAUCGAUCACAGUUCGUCUCUUGCUCGUGCAGACGCUGGCCAGCCAUACCCUCGUGCGCCGCGACGCAUCGGAUCUGUCCGCCUCGCAGCUGGACAUGAGCGGGAGUGGAUAUGGCGCCGGCACGAAUGGUUCCCGUAUCGCCUCCUCGUACGACUGGCGCCAGCUUCCCACGUUGGUGGGUGUCAAUGUCGGCUUCGACCGCGAUCGAUUACGCAUGAGCGCGGCAUCGAUCCUGCACAAUGGUGAAGUCGACCUGGAGGCGGCGGCGGUGCUCGACGUGACACCGUGGAUGCCACGAAUGCCAACCUUGCUCAAGGUGGGGUACAACAACGCCGGACGACUAGCAGCGGGCAUCACGUCGCUCUUCUACGAAACGGUGACGGCCACGCUGGGGAUGCACAUGGCACGCGGAGAGCAGGCGAGGUUUGGCAUUGAGGUCAGCUUCUAG